AUGACUACCAAUAUCAAUUCUAUGCGCACACCGCAUAAUUACUAUGCCAAUUUGGUCAAACAUCAAGAGCUCUCACUGAUACCGCACUUUACGCUUGAGUCCGGACAUCAGCUUCGUUCAGUUCCUAUCGCCUACAAAACAUGGGGCACACUCAACGAAAGCGGCAGUAAUUGUAUAGUCCUUUGCCACGCUCUUUCAGGUAGUGCCGACGCGGAAGACUGGUGGCAACCGUUAAUGGGCAGAGGGAAGGCGUUUGACCCUCGACGAUUCUUCAUAUUUUGCGCGAAUAUGCUCGGAUCGCCUUACGGGUCGGCUUCACCUCUUACCAUCAAUCCUGAGACUGGUCGACAAUAUGGACCAGAAUUCCCAAGGACAAGUGUCCGUGAUGACGUUCGCAUCCAAAAAAUGGUGCUUGACCAGCUCGGCGUCUCUGAAGUCGCAGCUGUGAUUGGGGGUUCCAUGGGCGGAAUGGCUACCCUGGAGUGGCCGCUUUGCACGCCUGUCGGAUACGUCAAGAACAUCAUCCCUAUUACUACUUCGGCCUACCACAGUGCCUGGGGAAUUGCAUGGGGAGAAACGCAGCGGAUGAGUAUCUAUGCCGACGUCAAAUUCAGCAACGGAUGGUAUAACCCGGAACCUUCAGGCCAGCCCAUUGAGGGAUUAGGUACCGCGAGGAUGAUAGCCAUGCUAACCUAUCGCUCGCACAACUCGUUCGAAGAGCGCUUCAGCCGUCGACCAGCAACCCGUAGGAAGCAGCCUACGCCUGUGGUACCGACAGGUUUGACAACACCACCGUCACCUUCUAGUAGCGAAGCAUCGACUCCUCUAUUGUGUCAAGGCGAAAGUCCUAGAAACCCCCAGUCAACACCGUACAUGAGUCAAAACGGCCAGGUGCCGAUGGAGUUCGCAGCUCAGAGCUAUCUCCAGUAUCAGGCGGCAAAGUUCUUGAAUAGAUUCGAUGCCAACUGCUACAUCCACCUCACGGCGAAGAUGGAUUCUCACGACGUCACCCGAGACCGAUUACCUACACAUCUAGGGCUCGAUAUCCCCAUACCUCCCCGCAACGAACAUCUCAAGCACGUAUUCAAGAAUGUGCCUCCGCAAGCUCUUGUAAUUAGCGUGGAAACAGACGUUCUAUUCAGGGCGGAGCAACAGAUUCAGUUGGCAGAGACUUUACCAGAGGCGAAAUUCCUCAAUCUCGAAUCUCAAGACGGACAUGAUGGGUUCCUCUUGGAGUUCGAGGCUUUGAGCCGGGCUAUCACGAGCCACCUCCGAGAGCGAUGCCCCUGGCUCUACGCAACGGGCUUUGAAGCCUUUAGCGGCGGAGUGAGGUCAGAUGAAGUCAUUAGUAGCGUUUUCGGGGAAGCGGAAUCUGGGGAGUUCUAAAACUUUGCAAGAUUCUCUUCGUUCUAAUGCAUGUACAGAAACGUGUAGAUACUACCACUCUCCCACAUACUACAGAGACAGGCAAUGACUCUGUUUACGCCUGUUUGACACUGCUUGGGGUAUCUCUAUGGGAUUAUCAAAAUCUAGGCGCAAUGUCAAGUUUCAAGCAUAGCAAAUCAGACUGCCUCUUGACUAAAUAG